AUGGCAUCGGACACCACCCACACGUUGCUUGACCAGGAUUCUAGGUACCAUGUUGGCGGAGAUUUAACCGAUAACAAAAUAUGCGGCGAGCCCAACGAAGGUCCAAUGUCCGACGGGCCAAUGUCACAGCUUGCACAAGGUGCAGAAGCCGAAAGCAGCGGUGCGAUCAAAGAAUCCCGGCUUGUUCAUAUUGCGAACGCGCUGGCGCGGAAUGCGUAA